GACAUCAAAAUAAGUGGAUCAUUAUAAUAUGGUUUACGUUUGGUUCAGUGUCUUUGUUUUGGAUGGUGAGGAUAAGGAUGAGAGGGUGGGGAAAGCAUUAUGGCAAAGAUUAUACUGGAAUCGCACUCACAACCUCACUCCGACGGACCACAUCAGGAAUACAAACAGCACCUUUAGAGCAACAUCCGCCCCAGUAGCUGGUGGGGCUUGGGCUGGUGGGAGUGGUCAGCACAGGCUGGAGCUCGGUUUGAAUGAAGUGAGCAUGGGCUGAUCCUCUCUCCAGUCCAGUCCAGCUGAGAGGUUCUGCAACACAAACACCAUCCGGAUCUGAUGAUGCAAGAGUAGAGGGGGAAGGUUGGGAUGAUGAUGACGGUGGUGGUGAAGCUUCCGGAGCUGGAGUAAGUUGAGGUCACCAGAGAUGAGCAGCCCGACCAGCGGCAGGACCAUGGUUCCCACCAUCCCCUCCAUCAUGUUCAUCUUCGGGGUGGUGGGGAACCUCAUCGCCAUCGUGGUCCUGUGCAAGUCCAGAAAGGAGCAGAAGGAGAGCACCUUCUACACUCUGGUCUGCGGUCUGGCCGUGACGGACCUGCUGGGGACCCUGCUGGCCAGCCCGGUCACCAUCGCCAUCUACGUGAAGGGCUCGUGGCCGGGUGAGGACCCGCUGUGCCAGUACUUCGGCUUCACCAUGCUCUUCUUCUCCCUGGCCGGCCUCAGCAUCAUCUGCGCCAUGUCCGUGGAGCGAUACAUGGCCAUCAACCACGCGUACUUCUACAAGGACCACGUGGACCAGAGGCUGGCGGGUCUCACGCUGCUGGCCAUCUACGCCUCCAACGGCUUCUUCUGCGCGCUGCCGCUGCUGGGCUUCGGCCAGGUGAAGAAGCAGUACCCGCAGACCUGGUGCUUUCUGGAGUGGAGGAGCAACAAGACCAGCGACGCCGCUUACACCUACAUGUACGCGGGCUUCAGCUCGGUCCUCAUCCUCGUCACCGUCGUCUGCAACGUGCUGGUGUGCGGGGCUCUCAUCCGGAUGCACCGGCGCUUCGUGCGCAGGACCUCGCUCGGAACCGACCUGGCACGCAACGUGGAUCCGCGGAACAGGAGAGGACGGAGUUUUGGUCACAUGGCCGGUGCCGAGAUCCAGAUGGUCAUUCUGCUCAUCGGCACUUCGGCAGUGGUGCUCAUCUGCUCCAUACCGCUUGUGGCUCAGGUGUUUCUGAACCAGCUCUACAAAACUAAAGUGGAGUUGCGUCUGGACAAGAACCCCGACCUCAGAGCCAUCCGCUUUGCCUCAUUCAACCCCAUCCUGGACCCCUGGAUCUACAUCCUGCUCCGCAAAGCCGUCCUCCUCAAAGUCAUGGAGAAACUCAAGUGUCUCUUCUGCAAGAUGGGAGCCAGGCGGCAGCAGAUGAAUGGAAACUUCCACUGCAUUGACGCUCAUCAGCUCUCCUCCGUUAUCUCCAAGCGGGACUCCAACUCACUGGCGUCUCACGACCUUCAGGACCUCACGGUCAGCUCCCAGACCUUCUUCUACCUUCCCAGGGGGAGUGACGUGUUCACUGGGGGCUGUCAGAAGGCAGACAGACUCUCUUGGCCUUCGUCGGUGAAGGACUUGGAAGUGUCUCCCGACGUGGACAGAGAUGUGAUCAGGGACAUCCCAGGCCUGUCCUGCCCGAAGGACCCACCUCUGCAAGUAUCACUGCGUUCACAGGCGGUGGAGGAGAAAAGCAUCUGAGUGAGCGAAGGCUGAAAUAUAAUGACAAGUUUCUUUUGGCAAACUCUAGAACAACAAUCUGGUUUGAGGGUUUGUGUCAGCUGCCUGCUACCUCUGUGACCAACAGUCUGGAUGUUGUGGACCUUGGAAACACGAGCUGUUCGGUAGAUUAAGUCUGACAUUUAAACUCUUUGCGCUGAAUGAAAACGGUAUUGAAUGUCUGAUGUUGUUUUGGAUGAGAUCGUGGCACUCGACAUUUCGUGAUUGUUAAAUGUGUCGUAAUAAAUGUUGUCAAACAUUUGAACAUGAAGGUACAAACUUCAGGUCUGUCUUCAGCCGGUAUUUAAUCCAAGUGUAUUUAAUGAUAUUUUACUCUUCUCUGAGAGAAGGCAAUAUUUAUAAAGGGACGUUCCACUGUAAAAGAUGAACAGUUGUUUAAAUUUGUUGUCUAUACUGAACAGUAUUCAUAUUGCACUAAAUCAUUAAAGAAAACAUAGUUGUGUUGUUACUCAGUCAUGUGUUGUGUUCACACCGUCAUGCUGUCUGUCUUAAUACCUGAAUAUGUCACCAUUAGCUGCCUGAAUCUUGGAGAGCAGGUGUCUCACUCUCAGAUCUCAAGAUGAAUUAAACAAG